ACUACUUGGAUAGCAGACUUUGGCACUCAAAAUGUCUUUCCUAACUUGGAGGGCCAUUCAUGACAAACUCUCUACAGACCAAAAAGCCCUCUUGGCAUAAACACUAGCAACAUCAAUUUGAAGUUCACCCUACUCAACUGGUGGAAUCAUAGGACCAAGAACCCCUUCUGUGCACUAAUCAUCAAGAUCCUUCCUACUCUGGUUUGUUGGGAGAUCUGGAGAUCAAGAUGCGGCAGCAAACAUGAAGGUGAGAGACCCUCAAGAUCAAUCUCUAAUGUUAUGUUCACUAUUCUGCAGGUACUCAGAAUCAGAUUUGGUAAGGCAAAAUUUGGAGACUCAUGGAUAGCUAUCUGCCAAGCAUGUGAGCAUAACUUUCAACAAAAAGACUCAACAAUUGUGAAAUGGAUUAGACCCCAAAUGAACACCAUCAAGCUAAACAGUGAUGGGAGCUGUCUUAAUGGAAAGUGUGGAGGAGGAGGAAUUGUCAGAGACUACAAUGGAAGGGUCAUUUUUGCCUAUGCUAUCCCUUUAGAGCGUGGAACUAGCAACUUAGCAGAAGCGGCUGCAUUGCUUUUUAUGGACUGUCAUUGUGCUCUAGGAAUGGAUUCAAUUCAGUUUGUGGGGGAGACUGACUCUCUACUCAUUGCUAACUGCAUAAAUAAGCAGUGGAAGAUCACUUGGAUGAUUUCUGACCUAAUUGAGAACAUUCAGACUAUAGUUGAAGAUAAGGAAUUUCUCAUCACACACUGCUACAGAGAAGCAAAUAAACCAGCUGACAAAUUAGCCUCUCUUAGACAUGAGAGUGAUUUAAUUCAAAUUUUCAACUCUCAUCCUGAAAUUCCUACUUCCGUAAAAGGCCUCAUAAACAUGGACAGAUGGAACAUACCCACCUUUAGAAUCAAGAAUGUCAAGGACAGAAACAUUAUUUUUGAUCCUACAUAGAUACCCAAGCCACUAGGGCCUCUUUUGGGUAGGAUAGAUCAAGUAUUCUAGCCUCUUCUCAAUGAUCUUGUAUAAAGUUUGGGAUGCCAAACUUAACUUGUAACUUUUUGCACAUCAAUGAUCAAUGGAGGCAAUGUUUAAAUUAAAAAACAAA